CUGCCCCUUUAAGGGGAGGGCCGAGUCCCGCGAGAGCUUGGCCGCUUCCCCCACCCGUCGGGGUCCGCCUCCCAGAGCAGCUGCGGCCACAGCCCGGUCACCCCGAGGUAGCAGAGUCUGUUCCGGCCCCAGGCAGCCAGCGCGGCGAGCGGCCACCAUGGUGAAGAUCGUGACCGUCAAGACGCAGGCGUAUCCCGACCAGAAGCCCGGCACUAGCGGGCUGCGCAAGCGGGUGCAGGUGUUCCGGAGCAGCCCCCACUACGCGGAGAAUUUCAUCCAGAGCAUCGUGUCCACCGUGGAGCCGGCGCGGCGGCCGGAGGCCACCCUGGUGGUGGGCGGGGACGGCCGGUUCUACAUGCAGGAAGCCAUUCAGCUGAUCGUCCGCAUCGCCGCCGCCAACGGGAUUGGUCGCUUGGUCAUUGGACAGAAUGGGAUUCUCUCCACCCCGGCUGUAUCCUGUAUCAUUAGGAAAAUCCAAGCCAUCGGUGGAAUCAUUCUGACGGCCAGCCAUAAUCCAGGAGGACCCAAUGGAGAUUUUGGAAUCAAAUUCAAUAUUUCUAAUGGAGGUCCGGCUCCAGAAGCAAUAACUGAUAAGAUUUUCCAAAUCAGCAAGACCAUUGAGGAGUAUGCCAUUUGCCCCGACCUGAAAGUGGACCUGGCUGUCCUGGGAAAGCAGCAGUUUGACCUGGAGAACAAGUUCAAACCCUUCACAGUGGAAAUUGUGGAUUCGGUGGAAGCUUACGCCACGAUGCUGAGGAACAUCUUUGAUUUCAGUGCACUGAAAGAAUUGCUCUCUGGGCCUAACCGACUCAAGAUCCGUAUUGACGCCAUGCAUGGAGUUGUGGGACCGUAUGUAAAGAAGAUCCUCUGUGAAGAACUGGGAGCCCCCGCGAAUUCGGCUGUCAACUGCGUUCCUCUGGAGGACUUUGGAGGUCACCACCCGGACCCCAACCUCACCUACGCAGCAGACCUGGUGGAGACCAUGAAGACAGGAGAGCAUGAUUUUGGGGCCGCUUUUGAUGGUGAUGGGGACCGAAACAUGAUCCUGGGCAAGCACGGCUUCUUCGUGAACCCCUCUGACUCCGUGGCUGUCAUCGCUGCCAACAUCGUCAGCAUUCCAUAUUUCCAGCAGACUGGGGUCCGAGGCCUGGCACGCAGCAUGCCCACCAGUGGUGCCCUGGACCGGGUGGCUCAUGCUACAAAGAUCUCUUUGUAUGAGACUCCAACUGGCUGGAAGUUUUUUGGGAAUUUGAUGGAUGCGAGCAAGCUGUCCCUUUGUGGGGAGGAAAGUUUCGGCACUGGUUCUGACCACAUCCGCGAGAAGGAUGGGCUCUGGGCCGUCCUUGCCUGGCUGUCCAUCCUCGCCACCCGCAAGCAGAGCGUGGAGGACAUUCUGAAAGAUCACUGGCAGAAGUAUGGCCGGAAUUUCUUUACCAGGUACGACUACGAGGAGGUGGACGCCGAGGGCGCCAACAAGAUGAUGAGGGACUUGGAGGCCCAGAUGUCCGACCGCUCCUUCGUGGGGAAGCAGUUUUCCGCGGGUGACAAAGUUUACACGGUGGAGAAAGCAGAUAACUUUGAAUACAGUGACCCAGUGGACGGAAGCAUUUCCAGAAAUCAGGGCUUGCGGCUCAUUUUUGCAGACGGUUCUCGAAUCAUCUUUCGACUGAGCGGGACUGGCAGUGCAGGGGCAACCAUCCGACUAUACAUUGACAGCUAUGAGAAGGACCUGACCAAGAUCUACCAGGACCCUCAGGUCAUGUUGGCCCCCCUGAUUUCCAUUGCGCUGAAGGUGUCCCAACUUCAAGAAAGGACGGGGCGCACAGCCCCCACUGUCAUCACCUGAGAAGACCACCUGGCUGUAGUACGUCCCUCCACUCGAGGACCCGUCUGAUUGAAGAGCAUGGACACGAAACCCAAUGUGUUCACCCAGCCCUUUAGGAUUCAGUUUCCACUAGCCAGCUGCUGAAGAAUGGUCCGUUUGCGGGGCACAGGCAACAAGAUGCCUGCGUGAGUGAUGCGGGAAAGAGCACCCAGGAGCUUGUACUAAUGUCAGUUCCCUAUCAUGCUGUUAUGCACUGUUACGGUGCGGCCGUUUGUACUAGGUCCUGUUUGCACUGCAAUGUAAGAUGGGGUUAGAACAUCAGGGACAGAGGCCAGCUUUCAUCUGCAAGUCCCUUCGUCUAUGGUGAAUCUUUCUCUCCCUUUACUGUUUACCGAUAAUCCACCAAUUCAGUUUCUGGUGCCUUCUCUCCAAUCAGUUCGUUCCUCAGUGUGACGUACACCUCGCUGUCUUGUUUUGCACAUGCUCCCAUUUAGUAUUUUGGGAUAUUAAAGCAAAAGAAGCUGCUCA